GAGGAGGACUAUGUGAGAGGGGGGUGAGUUCUUUUCAUCUCAAGAGCCCGGCCACUCAGGCCCAAUGUGAAAGAACCACGUGGAAGGACUCACAAUUCAUGGUCAAAGAUGCCAUGGGAAUCGAGCGUCCAGUCCUUUUGGAUGAGCCGCGAGUCCCAAGUAACCUUCCUCAAUGCAAUGCAAUUCUGCAAAAAGUGGCGCAGGCACAAAGCUGAUGAGCAAAUGUAUAUAGCCUUUGUUAGGCCUGCUCAUGUGCCUUCUAUUUUUGCUGUACAUAAUGAUUCUACUUUGCAUGUUGUUUCUACCUCGGAUGCAACUACUUCUACCUCUACUAAAUCCAUCUCUAGUCCAAAUGACUCUAUUUCUAAUCCUGUUGUGUUGGCUGCACCUAUGACAUCCGAUAUGCUUGCUCCUGAGAGUGAUGAUCCCCCUCCGGAAGUUCCGCUGGAAAUUUGCAACCUUCUCAACCGAUUUCCUGAAGUCUUGGCCGAACCGCAUGGAGUUCCCGUGCGUCCGGUCCGACACAAGAUCGAGUUGAUUGAAGGUAGCUCUCCUCCAAAAGGUUGUGUCUACCGAAUGGGCUCAGGCGAAUUGGAGGAGUUGCGAAGGCAGAUUGAUGAUAUGAUUGGGAAGGGAUGGAUCAAACCAAGUGAGUCUGAGUUUGGUGCACCGGUUCUGUUUGUCCCUAAGAAAGGAGGCAAAUUGCGGAUGUGUAUUGAUUACCGCGGAUUGAAUCGGAUCACAAGAAAGAAUGCAUAUCCUUUGCCACGUAUCGAUGAUUUGCUUGAUGCUGCAAGUGGGUGCAAAGUCUUCAGCAAGAUCGAUCUCAAGUUUGGCGACCACCAGAUUGAAGUCGACCCUGCAGACCAGCACAAAACCGCAUUCAAAACUCGCGAUGGGCUGUACGAGUUUACCGUCAUGUCCUUCGGCCUCACGAAUGCGCCAGCCACCUUUCAAAGUCUCAUGGACAAAGUGUUCCGCUAUCAGAUUAACUGGUUUGUUGUUGUUUACCUAGAUGACAUACUCAUAUUCAGCAAAUCGAUGGAGGAACACAUGAGACAUCUUGAGGAAGUGUUGCAGGUCCUCAAGGAAGUGCAGCUCCAUCUCAACUUGGAAAAAUCUGAGUUUGGGAGGGAUAGCGUCAUCUACCUUGGGCACCGGUUGUUUGCUGCAGGUCUAGAGCCUGAGGCAACCAAGGUUGAGGUCAUCCGCAAUGGGCCUCAACCGGCGAAUGUCCGCGAGCUGUGUUCUAUUCUUGGUCUUGCAUCAUACUACCGUAAGUUUGUGCCUAAAUUUUCUAUCAUCGCCCGUCCGCUGUCCAAAUUGACCAGCAAGAAUGUGUCCUACACAUGGGAUGGGGAAUGCACGACAACCUUCCAAGCACUAAAGGAGGCUUUGGUGAGUCAUCCGGUGCUCCGCAUUGCAGAUCCCAAACUCACAUUCGUAGUGACUACGGAUGCCAGUUUGUAUGGGAUUGGUGCAGUGCUGCAACAAGAUGACGGCGACGGCUUACGUCCGCUAGAAUUUUACAGCAAACGUAUGCCCAGCCACAAGGUAGUUGCCUCCACUUACAUGCGAGAGCUCUAUGCCUUGAGAGAGGCACUAGACCAUUGGAAGCACUAUCUGUUGGGUCGCCAUUUCAAAAUGUUCUCGGAUCACAAGACCUUGAAAUGGAUUUAGACACAGAACAAUCCCUCAACUACACGGACCCGCUGGCUGCAUGAGAUUGUUGUGUAUGAUUUCGAACUUAGACACAAGAAGGGUUGUUACAAUCAUGUUGCGGAUGCUUUGUCUCGCCACCCUGAGUACAUGACUUGCCUUGUAGGUUCCUAUGACCUGCGUAAAAAUUUGAAAGAGGAACUCAUUGAGCAUACUGCCAAGGAUCUGGAACUCAGUCCCAUCCUUGAGCAGAUUCGGGCUGACCCUAACAGUCAGCCUGAUUUCCAUGAAUGCAAGGGCCUUCUCUUCCGACGCUACGAGAAGCAUGACCGAUUGUGUGUGCCCAACCAUGAGCCGAUCAUGACCCACUUUUUGGAUUUGGCUCACGGCCGGAGUGGGCACUUCGGUGUUGAGAAGACAUACGGAAAUCUGUUGGAAAAGUUUGUGUGGCCUGGAAUGAAAAGAAUGGCACAAA